AUGUCGUCGCGGGCAGGCCCGAAGACUCCUAAACAGACUUCAAAGGAGCCGAAGGACAGCAAGUUGCCCUGUUCCAGUUCCAGCGAUUCUGAAGACAUGAUUGAUAAAAGUUUGAGAAGAUUACGCGCGAGUGAUGCGCUCAAUUUGAACCUCACACCGCCGUUGCCUCCAGCGGAGAAGUUCACCACGGGCAGCAAUUACCCACGAUGGGAAUUAAAAGCGCGCGCCUAUAUCCGAAAGUUUCCAAGGGGUAAGCAAAAGGGUUCUUUACUGAGUCUGUUAGCGGGAGACUCAGUGAAUCGCGCAUUCCAGGCGAACGUCUUUCAUAGCGAUGACCUCAACAUUAUGUUUGUCCGGUUACGUGAGCUUUGGGACACAGCACUAUACUUCAUCGAGUACCCGACGCAAUUCCUCGCGGCGCGUCAAAAUAUUGGCAAGACCACUGAAGCUGAUACCUACUGCGUGAGGCAGCUUGUGGCUAAGGCUUAUCCAGAUGACACCACAGAGGGGCACGACGGUCGCGCAAUAGAACAAUUUAUCGAAGGGGUGGCAAACGCUUCUUUAAAGAAGUUGAUUACGAAACAGAUAGGAAGCUUCAACGAGACAGUGCAACUUGCACGGGUGACGGAGAAACUGCAACGAAUCAUCCAAGGUCGUGAUGCACAUUGUUGGACCAUUUCUCAAUAG